AUGGGAGGGAAAGCUACAAAGCUUGUCAUACACCAUGCAGCUGUCGCUCAACUCGCCAGUCGGUCGAGAAGCUCGGAGAGGACGGCCACCGGUAUAUUGGCUGUCAUCGCCUUCUUGCCUCAGGGUCUCAACGAGGCCCUGGUUGGCUAUUUGUUGCCGUCUCUCCCGCAAGUCGACGCUAUAUGUGAUGUUCUGUGCAUGCAAUCUCUUGUUUAUCGUCAAGACAGUUUCAUCAAAAUGCUUGCACCCAUUCGACAUUAUGUGCGAGAUUCGCUGCUGCCACCUGAUACCACAUGUUUGCAAGAGAUACGCACCUUCUACUAUUGCACUGUCCAACAGUGUUGGAAAGAACGAGAUGAUGAUGCUGAUAUCAUUAUCUCGGAUCACCUCAACAUCGAGCAUGUCAUUGCUUUCGACCUCACCCACAUCCCUGAAGACACUUAUUACACUUGCCGGCGAUUUUUGAAGUGCUUAGAGUGGCAUCUUCCUCGACCAACUACCCUUACUCCGGCUAUUCUCAACAUCGUCGAGAACUCCUCCGCGUGGGAGCCCAAAGCAUACUGCUUGUGGUAUCUCGGCAAUCUCCACCUUGCUCUUUCUCAGUUCAAAGAAGUCAUACAGGUCUUCCAGGCUGCUGAGCAACUCUAUCUUACCGCCGGCAACCACGAGAUGGUCCUUGAGGACCUCCAGCAUUCCGACUCGUGGCAAUAUAUCAGCAAAGAACAAAAAGCCUGUGUUUGGUUUUUCUUGCAUAGGGCCAAGUUGUUCACGUUCACAACAUCUGCGGACGAAUUAUUUGUGAACUUCUUGGACGAAGACUUCUGGGGCUUGCGGUCCAAGAUUUGCCACUGGCGGGUUAAACACUUCUAUGGGGAAGAUGUUGUGCAGGAAAUCGUAGAGAUGUACGAGGGAGAUGAUCCCUACCAAGUGCUGUGGUAUGCCGUCUGGAAAGCCGUCGUUGCGAGCAACCAGGGGCAUUAUGACCUUGCGAGAGAGAUUAUCCACAAAGCCUCCCAAAACGUCACAUUCUGUGCCCUGCCCAGUACAGCCUCAUUUCUCCACAGAUCUUAUGGCUCGGCAUGCGUCGAGCUCAAUGCAGGCGAGUACGACAGGGCAGUCUCUCAUUUUACCGCCACCAUUGAAGGUUGUGAUAUCCAAGGACAUCUUGAUUUCAAGGCAUUCAGCAUACGUGGACUGGGGGAGAUUGCCUUUGAGAAAGGGGACUUUGCGUUAGCCGCACAGCGCUUUGCAGAGACACGGUCCAUGUGCACUGAGAUGGGAGUGCCUCCAAGAAAGUUGCAUAGUAUGCCAUUCGAUGCGCUGCCGGAAAGAUGUGAAGGGUGGACGUUGUUUGUGGAAGGGCGUUCACCAUUUACGAACGUUGAUUUGUAG